AUGCUCGCAGCCGCAACGAGGCAGGGCGCACAGCUCGGACGUGCUCUCCGCAACCAGCCCGCAAAGGCCUGCAGGUCCCUCUCGUCCUCGACCGUCUCCCCAUCCUCGCUCCUCCUCCAGUCGCAGCGCCGCGUCGAGCAGCAGCAGCAGCGCGCGAGCGACGAGCUCGGCGACAUCGUUGCAAAGCGCUGGCUCGGUCACGCGGCUUCAAACGGCACAGAUGCAGACAGGGAGACCAUUGUCCGACUGCUGUACUCGCUCGCCUCGCGCCGCGAAGUCUCGCGCUACCUCCAGAUCUUCUCGUCCGCGACCCACUUUGCCGUCCUCAAGGUCGGCGGCGCCAUCCUCACCAACGACCUCGAGUCGCUCACCCUCUCACUCAACUUCCUCCACCGCGUCGGACUGUACCCCGUCGUCGUCCAUGGCAUGGGAGACAAGCUGAAUGCCCGCCUCGAGGCUGACGGGAUCGUCCCCGACUACAUUGACGGCAUCCGAAUCACCGACGCACGCACGCUCUCGCACGCCCGCCGAGUCUUCCUCUCGGAGAACCUCAAGCUCGUGUCUGCGCUCGAGGCGCUCGGUACGCGCGCUCGCCCGAUCACGACCGGCGUCUUCACCGCCGAGUACCUCGACAAGCCGCGGUACGGCUUUGUCGGCCGCAUCACGGGCGUCGACAAGGAGCCUAUCGAGGCUUCGAUCCGCGCUGGCGCACUUCCCAUCCUCACCUCGCUCGCCGAGACGCCCGACGGCCAGAUCCUCAAUGUCAAUGCCGACGUCGCGACGGCCGAACUCGCCAAGGUGCUCGAGCCGCUCAAGAUUGUCUACCUGAGCGAGAAGGGCGGGCUCUUCCACGGCGUCACGAAGGAGAAGAUCUCGCUCAUCAACCUCGACGAGGAAUACGACGACUUGAUGAAGCAGGAGUGGGUCAAGUACGGCACCAAGCUCAAGCUCCGCGAGAUCAAGGACCUCCUCGACCACCUCCCGCGCUCGUCGUCCGUCGCCAUCAUCCAGCCCGACAACCUCCAGAAGGAGCUCUUCACCGACUCGGGUGCCGGUACGCUCCUCCGCCGCGGCUACAAGCUGUACAAGCACGCUUCGAUCGACGCGGUCGGUCAGGACCGCCUCCGCCGCGUCCUCUCCGAGCGCGACGAGGACGUCACGAGCGGCCGCAAGUCGGUCGCGCAGGUCCUCUCCGAGCUCGAGAAGCAGCAGGCGCCGUUCACCAUCUACGGCGACGAGCCGUGCGACGUCGUCGCGAUCGUCUCGCACCCCGAGGGCCAGACUCCCGUCAUGACCAAGUUCCUCGCGAACCAGACGGCGAUCCAGAACGGCGUCACGGACAACGUCUUCAACUCGAUCAAGCGCGACUUCAAGCGCCUGUUCUGGACCGCCAAGGCCGACGACGAGAACAAGUCGUGGCACUUUGAGCGCGCCGACGGGUCGUUCACCCGCAACGGUCGCUCGUUGUACUACUACGGCGUCCAGGACGCCGGAGAAGUCGAGCGCCUCGUCAAGGACCUCGAUGCGAGCCAGCGCAUCGAGCGCGCGUACCUCCCCAUCUCGUACACCUCGUCCGCGCGCGGUACCGUCCACUCGGAGCCCAAGCUCGCCUCGGCUCUCCGCUCGUACUCGACUUCGGCUCGUCGUCCCGCGCCGACCGCGCUCGGCCAACAGACCCGGUCGUUCUCGACCUCGCCCGCGUACGCUGCGGCAGCCAAGCGAGUCGCACUCAUCGGUGCGCGCGGCUACACCGGCCAGAACCUCGUCUCGCUCCUCAACACGCACCCGUCGCUCUCGCUCUCGCACUGCUCGUCGCGCGAGCUCGCCGGCCAGCCUUUGAGCGACUACACGAAGGAGAAGGUCACGUACCAGAACCUCUCGUUCAAGGAGAUUGAGCAGCUCGAGGCGCAGUCCGCCGUCGACGCUUGGGUCAUGGCGCUCCCGAACGGCGUCAUGGCGCCUUUCGUCGAGGCGAUUGACAAGGGCGCGCAGGGCAAGAGCGAGGAGAAGAAGAGCGUCGUUAUCGAUCUCGGCGCCGACAAGCGCUUCGACGAUUCGUGGACCUACGGCCUUCCCGAACUGUACGGCCGCGACGCUCUCCGCACCGCCAAGCGCAUCUCGAACCCGGGCUGCUUCGCCACCGUCAUGCAGAUGCUCGCCGCCCCUCUCAUCCCGCACAUGUCUGCUCCUCCCACCGUCUUUGCCGUCUCUGGCUUCUCCGGCGCCGGCACCAAGUCAGGCUCGGAGCCCAAGAUCCCCGCCGAGUCGCUCAAGGGCGGCAUCCGACCUUACGCGCUUACGGACCACAUUCACGAGCGCGAGGCGGCGUUUCAGCUUUCUAAGCUCGUGACGGACGAGGCGCAGCUCUCGAAGGACGAGCUGAAGCCCGCCUUCAUCCCCUCCGUCGCGCCCUGGUUCCAGGGCAUCAUCGCGACCAUCUCGGUUCCCCUCAAGCAGGAGAUGCGGGCGUCGCAGGUCAAGGAGCUGUUUGAGCAGAAGUACGCGGGCGAGAAGCUCGUCAAGCUUCAGAACGAGGUGCCCGAGAUUUAUCAGAUUGCGGGCAAGCACGGCGUCCGGAUCGGUGGCAUCCAGGUUCACUCGAGCGGCAAGCGCGUCGUCAUUGUCGGCGUCAUCGACAACCUCCUCAAGGGAGCGGCGACCCAGUGCCUCCAGAACCUCAACAUCGCGCUCGGCUGCGACGAGCUGGCCGGCAUCCCUCUUGACUUCUGA